GCCAACACAAGUUUAAACUGCGUGUAUUCUACUUUUAGGUUUAAUAAAAUUUUCUGUGUACCACCUUUUGUACUCUAAGUGACGCUGUGUACCAAGGAAUCCUCAAUUCUGCCUCCAUUUUCAUUGUCUGCAUGAGAGGAGACCCGCAGUGAAACAAACAGCUGAAUCAUAAGGACAUGUCGUACUCCAGGGACGGAUGAUUGCGUUGCCUACAAUCGUCUCCAGAUUUUCACCCAGUAGAAUAUCGUACAAGGGCCCAUAAAGGCGUGAACGUUUAUGUGAAGUUGGAGAAUCUAACCUUUUUUAUUUUAUUUUUUUAAAACGGAAAAACCUCCUCUCAUAAUGCCGUUUCAUCCAGCCUCAUCCAAAUUCCGUCCGCUUUCUGGUCUGCAGACGACAUUUCUUUUGUUUCUUUCGUGGAGAAUUUUAGUCUCGGGAAAUAUCCGCUACUCUAUUCCAGAGGAGCAGAAGCAGGGCUCUCUGAUCGGCAAUGUGGCACAAGAUCUCGGGUUGGAUCUUAAAAGGCUCCGCUCAGGGCGGGCCCGCAUCGUGACAGGGGAAAGCGUUCAGUACGCCGCGCUGAAAGCAGACAAAGGGAUUCUUGUGGUGAAUGAAAGAAUCGACAGAGAGCAGCUUUGUGGAGACGUAACACCAUGCAGCUUCAGUUUUGAGAUGAUUUUGGAAAACCCCGUGGAGCUGCACACGGUCACUAUCGAGGUAUUGGAUGUAAACGAUCAUCCUCCCGUCUUUAAGAAAACGGAUAUCAUGUUAGAGAUUAGCGAGUCUGCGAAUCUCGGAGCUCGUUUUGUGCUUGACAGCGCAGAUGAUCCUGAUGUUGGUGUUAAUGGACUGCAAAGUUACACUCUAACUCCAGGUGAUAAUUUCGUUUUGAAGCAGCAGAUAAAUCCAGAUAGAAGUAAAUAUGCAGAAAUGGUGCUGCAGAAGCAGCUGGACCGAGAGAACGCACCUCGUCUCUCUUUAAAGCUCAUAGCGGUAGAUGGAGGAAAUCCGCCAAGAUCUGGUACAGUAAAUAUACAUAUAAAUGUUCUGGAUGCUAAUGACAAUGCUCCCGUUUUUAACCAGUCUGUGUAUAAAGCAACAGUGACAGAAAAUGCUGCAGAAGGCACUCAUGUUGUUACUGUUAAUGCUACAGACGCAGAUAGUGGAUCAAAUAGUCACAUCACAUAUUCAAUUUCUAACACAAAAGCUAACGUGGCUGAUUUGUUAUCCAUAGAUGAAUAUUCUGGAGUUGUAACUGUUUCAGGUACCAUUGAUUUUGAAAAAGAUAAAAAAUAUGAACUUAGAGUCGAUGCAAAGGAUCUGGGAGGUUUAACAGAUUCUAGUAAAGUGAUAAUUGAAGUAACUGAUGUAAAUGAUAACGCCCCAGUCAUCAGUGUGAUGUCUUUCACUAGUCCUGUGUCAGAGGACUCUCCUCCUGGUACAACUAUCGGUAUCAUUAAUGUUAAAGACCUGGACUCAGGAGAUAACGGACAGGUUUCAUGUAAAAUAGAACAAAACGCUCCUUUCAAAAUAAAGUCCAAUUUAAGGAAUUACUACACUCUGGUGACAGAUUCUGUGUUAGAUCGUGAAAUUGUGUCAGAAUAUAACAUCACUGUAGUUGCGACAGAUGGAGGAAUCCCUCCUCUCUCAGCUAAAAAAACCUUUAGUCUAAAGGUUUCUGAUGUGAACGAUAACGCUCCAGUUUUCCCACAAAGUCUUUACAGCGCGUUUCUACCUGAGAAUAACUCUCCAGGUGUCUCUGUUCUCACUCUGAGAGCUAAAGAUCCUGAUGAGAACCAGAACGCUCGCGUGUCUUAUAUUGCAGAGGACAGUAGCAUUGGUGGGUCCCCAAUUUCUCUAUAUGUUUCUGUGAAUGUAGAAACUGGAGUAAUUCAGGCGGUGCGCUCGUUUGAUUAUGAACAAAUUAAGGAGUUAAUAUUUGUAGUUAAAGCGCAGGAUGGAGGCUCUCCUCCUCUCAGCAGCAACGUGACUGUGAAAAUACUGAUCCAGGACCAGAACGAUAACCCCCCUCAGGUCCUGUACCCGGUCCAGACUGGAGGCUCCGUGGUGGCUGAGAUGGUGCCUCGUUCAGCAGAAGUGGGCUAUCUGGUGACUAAAGUGGUGGCUGUUGAUGUGGACUCUGGACAGAACGCCUGGCUCUCCUAUAAACUGCAGAAAGCCACAGACAGGGCGCUGUUUGAAGUGGGCUUACAGAAUGGAGAAAUCAGAACUAUCCGUCAAGUGACUGAUAAAGAUGCUGUGAAACAAAGACUGACUGUUAUAGUGGAGGACAACGGCCAGCCCUCUCGUUCAGCUACAGUCAUUGUUAACGUGGCGGUGGCGGACAGCUUCCCUGAAGUGCUGUCGGAGUUCACUGACUCUACACACGACAAGGAGUACAAUGACAACCUGACUUUUUACUUAGUCUUGGCUCUGGCUGUAGUUUCCUUCCUCUUCAUCACCUGUUUGGUGGUUAUCAUCUCAGUGAAAAUCUACAGAUGGAGACAGUCUCGCAUCCUGUAUCACUCCAGCCUCCCUGUCAUUCCAUAUUAUCCACCACGUUACUCAGACACGCUGGGGACAGGAACUCUCCAACAUGUGUACAACUACGAGGUGUGCAGGACCACUGACUCCAGAAAGAGUGACUGUAAGUUCGGCAGAGCUGCUAGUCAGAACGUGUUGGUAAUGGACCCCAGUUCUACAGGAACCAUGCAGAGGAUACAGGGUGAGAAGAACAUCCUGGAUGAGCCUGACUCUCCUUUAGAGGUUAGUUGAUUUUAGUUUUAGUUUUAUUCAAAUCUUCAAACAAAUUGUCUGCACCGUGCUAUUUUAUCUUCAGCACCAUGGACAACGCCUCUUGCAAUUUAAAAUCAAGAUCUAGUCUCUCUUUUACAAGUUAGUUACACAGUUAUACGUAAUUUUUCUUCUAUUUUGUCCUGUUUUGUACAGGCGAAGAAGAUUGUCAUCCUUAAAUGUGAAUAUGAAUAUUUUAUUCAAAACAUUAAAAACAAAUUUAUUUUAAAACUUCUAUGUACGCAGAAACAUAAUUACGAAGGUUUCUAUGCAGCUUCCUUUCUCUCUUUUACCUUUUGAUAUUUUUAAAUUACCGAUUCACAGCAUUGUUUUUAAAUCACUCUUGUUCAAAUGCAUUUUGUUGAUUUAGAAGAAACACCUCAUAAACGUUUUUAAAAUUAAUAUUUUAUUUGUGUUUUACUGCCGUUUAUAUUGUUCAGUCUAACGACAUAAUAAGACUUUCAGAUUUUUAUCACCACAUAAAAUAUUUUUGUGAUUGUUAUUACCUACAAUUUCAUUAAAAAUAAAAUUUACUCUGAGAAUAUAUUUGCACCAUCAAGGAUUUUUCG